AUGGCGGUGUGCAGGCAAGUGACUCCAGCCAGACGUCUGAAUCUCCAGGCGUGUUUGCAUCUAUGUGUAAUGCUACUGGCCACCUCAAGCGGUGUUCAUGGGUUUUUCGGCGAGUGGGGUCCAGACCUGGAAGGACCCUGGUGUGCUACCCGACGUGGGCAGGACUGUUGUGAUGGCAGAGACGACAACUGCGGGGUGCCCAUUUUAGGGACUGAAUGUUACUGCGAUCUGUUCUGUAAUCACACGGCUUACGAUUGUUGCCCUGACUAUUGGAGACAUUGCCACGGACAGCCAGUGCCAGCCACCACACCCCGGCCUACAACACUACCUCCACCGCGUACCACCAGAGACACGCUGGGUAUGAUGUAUCAUGUGUCAGGAUUUCCAUGGACGUACAGAAAACGACCGUCUAGACGAUCUUCUCCCAUCAGCUCAAUCAACGAUUCUCUCAGCUCAAUCACUUCACUGCUAGACGGCGUCAGUUUUAGACCUGGCGAAACCAUUCGCGAUAACUGCAAUAAUUGCACCUGUGAACUGUACGGGUUGCCCAACCGGCGCUACGAGUGGAGAUGUACACAGAACGUCUGCCUUCUUCGGCCAGAGCUGAUCCAAGCGGUCAAUGGAGAUCUCAACUAUUU